ACGCUGUAACAAGCUUCCAUGCUGCGUUCAAGUACUCCCGAUGAACUCCUCGGUAAUAUUUAUUUAAAAAAUGGUCAGAGAACUGUAAAGAUUUAUUUUCGGUUUUUGGGGUAUUUCAUUUUCAAACUUCGUUGUUUUAAAGUCUGUGGUUUGGUGCAUGAAUAACAAAACACUGCCACCUAUUUUUAUUGAUCAACUGGAUCAACCGUGGACAAGCUGCUUAAGCUCUCAGGUGGCAACUUAAAUGUGAUCGUACAUCCUCCGACAUUGCUUAUGUUCCUGAAUGUAGCAUAACCCCGCCCACAACUGAACACGUGGUCAAACGCGGAAACAGUUUCCUAAUAGAACUUGACCUCAGAAGCAUGGGGCAGCAGUGUGCUGUGUAGUCGUGUAAUUGCACGAUAUUUAAUUGAAAAGACGUUAAUGCAUCUGUCGUCGGGAUGGAUCCUAAUCUGUUGUACUGGAAAAGCGAGGGGCAGUCUUUCCUCAGUCGAAUGAGGAUCUGGCUCGAUCUGCUCGACCCAACUCUCCUGUUCGCCUCUGAUGCUGAAAUACAGAAGGCCCGCACUCUUCUUACCAGUGCAGAGAAGAGUGAAAAGGAUGCAUCUGUACCGUCCCUCUCUCUGUCGUCAGUCCACGCUGAUUCUGGAGCCGUUCUUCCACUAGUUUUCCGCCCUCCAGCACUAUUGACAAUAUCAGCACCUUUGGCAGUUGCCAGCUUUUUACCUUACAACACUAUCAAGCCAGCGCUGUUUUGGCAGUUGUUGCUGCAGAGUUACAAUGCAGGCUUCAACUAUGCAAACAGAAAUUCUUCAUCAGAGCAGCAGGGCAAACAGCAGUCUCUGAAUCGGCUGCUUCUGAUCGGCGGCACAAUUUCCUAUGCGACGUGUGCAGGGGUUCUUCCUCAAAUUUCCAUCAACUUCCUCCAUUUAAAAAGUGCACCCGUGCUGACUUUCUUUAGGUCGAUUGUACCAAUCCCGCUCUCGGCUGCUCUGGCCUACUUCAGUGUCUUAACUGUCAGAAGUGAGGAGUGGGAAGCAGGGAUCCAAGUGUUUGAUUCCAAUGGAAAUCCAGUUGGCAUUUCUAAGGCGGCAGGAGAAAAGGCUGUGAGGGAAACUGCUUUGUCAAGGGCGGCACUGUUUGGUGCAACUGCUGCUGUUCCUAAUCUGUUUGUUUUCCUAUUACACAGGACGAGACUUUUCCAGAGGAACUCUCUGCUGGUCGCUCCCCUCCGUCACAUAAGCAUCGCAUUAGUUCUGGGCCUGAUGAUCCCAGUGUCGUUCAGUCUCUUUCCACAACUGGGGACGAUAAAGAAGGAAAAGUUGGAGGAGGAGCUACAGGCUGCGGCGGACAACGGACACUUGUUCUAUCACAGAGGACUCUGAGGAGCACUUACACACACUAGAUAUAAUAUUAACUGAAAACCAAAUGUCUGCAAUCACGCAGAAGGAAUAUUUUCAACAGGCCGGACAAUGAAAUGCAGCAUUUUCUCAUAAUAAAUUUAUUUAGUUGGAAUAUUAGGUGUUUCUAUAGGUAGGAAAUGUUACAUCAAUUUAUGAAAAUACAUUUUUGUUGUGAAACUUACAUGAGCAUUCCCAUGUAUGUGUGUCCUAUCUGAAAUACUGAGGGACACAAUCAUCCUUUUUGUCAAAGCGGCUGAUAUUGUACUCGGCAGUAACUAAACAUUUCUAAUUAGAUGAAAUAAAAAUGAACCUGAACAGUAGGACAAACAUUAUUAAAUGUAAUGUAAAUCAUUACUUUAUCAGCUGCAUUGAUGAGGAUUUAAAAAAAAAAAACAGUUUGAAAAAGCCUCAUGAAACAAUCUGCUUAAAUUUCAGUUGUGACACUUGAGUCUUUAGUACAAAAGGUGACAUUGUUUAAAUAGAAUGUAAAUAAAACCACGUUUUGUGUC